GAUUACACUACUUAAACGGAUUAUAAAAUGUGAUAUUAGUCUUAUAUGAUUUUCAAGUUUAACUCAUUUCAAUGAAUUAUUUGGGUCGUUUAAUUUCAAGUGCUCAUCAAUAUUAUAAAAGUAUUAAUGUAGCUAAUUUAACUGGUGCUAUUGAUGUCAUUGUUGUAAAAAAUAAAGAUGGAGAAUAUCAAAGUACACCAUUUUAUGUAAGAUUUGGUAAAAUGGGAGUAUUAUAUCCAAGAUCACAUGUGGUUGAUGUAUGUAUUAAUGGACAGCCAAGACCAGAUAUAUGUAUGCAUGUUGAACCAACAGGUUAUGCUUAUUUCGAUAAUGAGGAAGGUAAACUUAAAACAGAAAGAACAGAAGCAUUACUUAGAAGUAAUGAGGAAUUGCAAACUUGGACGCAAAAUGAAAAUGAUCAUAUUGAUUGUGUUACAAAUGAAUCAAAUACUGAACAACUGGAAAAUGUUUUUGAAAUCGAUAUUCAAGAUAGUAAGUGAAUUAUAAUUCAUUUGAUUAUAUACCUUAAUAAAAUAAAGAUAUUUAUGGAGACUGUCAUAGAGUUAUUCAUCCAUUCUCUCAUGAAGUAGUUUGUUUUACAACUCACCCUUAAAAUAUUUCAUAAAGUAAUAGUAUCAACAAGUUAUUCAGUUUUGAACGUUACUGUCAGUCAGUCAGCUACAACGUAGGACCAGGCACAUUUAUGCAUCAGUCCAAGCUGCCAUACCUCGUUAGCACAACAAGAUGAACACCGGAUUCAUAGAAAUAGUUAAUUUAGUGAUGGUAGUAUAUAAAAGAUAGGUUGUAUAUAAGGAUGUAGUAUAGGAAGGAAGAACGUUAUGAAGAUUUUAAUCUUAAGGUUUAAGGGAAGAUAAAGAGUGUAUACACCUACGCCAUUGUGAUCGAUUCUGAGUCAUGUCAUCUAGAGUCUCCAACCAUUGGUUACGAUAGUCACGCGGACCCCAACCAGGUAGUCUGCAUCUGCCAACAUGGCUCAGACUAGAAGUUAGUGACCUCAAGCAAUGAUGCCACGUUUUGGUUUGGCCGCCCUUAACUCUUUUCCAACCAUCCCCUACACUAGUCAGCAUUGGGCGUCGUGGUAAUCGGUGUUCAGGCAUACGUAACACGUGGCCUAACCAUCUCAGUCGAUGAAGAUUCAUGACCUCAUCAACUGAUUUACCAUCAUUUCCUAAUACUCUGUGUCUAACCUCACUCUCACUUACCCGGUGAUCCCAGCAGAUGCGAGAAAUAUUUUCAAUGCAUCUGUGGUCAAAUACUAGUAACUUACGAGUAUCCUCUACUCUUAAUGGCCAUGUUUCACAGUCGUAAAGUAUUCAGUUCCUCAUAUCAUAGCCACUGAAGAUAACAGCUGGAUUGAAUUCAUCAACUUAUAAAUCAUUUAAUUCUUGUAGCCAUUCUUGACGAUACAAAAUUUGUAAAAAGGUAAAUGAUGAGAAGGAAUGUUUUCAAGUUUAAUAUUUAUUUAUCCAGAAAAUGGUAUUUUCUUUCUUAUUCUAGGAAAACACUAACGCCUAUCGAUUUACGUCAGCAUAACACAUUGAAUACAUAGUUUAUAGACGACAUUUAAGGCUAUAGGAAAUAAUAGUAUCUUACUUGCUGGUUUUUUCAUACAAAAAAUAGCCUUUAAAAAAAGAUUCUGUUAGGUGCGAACUAUUGAUCUGAUAAAAUUAAUGCUCAGAUAGCAACAUAUACUGUUUAAGUACCAAAAACAUAAAUAGUGAUUACCAGUUUUCUUAUUGUUUGUCUUACAUAAUCCCUCUCUCGAAAAAAUGCAACUUUUAAUACGUGUUUAUUUCUUCUAAAAUCACCGUUUUUUAGACUCACAGUUCUUACCUCUUCAUCGUUAUCACCGUUUACCUUUUAGCACAAACCUUAAAAGCAAUCUUCCAUUGCAAACUACGUUUUACAAAUCCAUUAAUCCACUUGUAAACUAUAAAACAAUCAUUCUGGUUAACAUAAUCUCCACUAUCCUGGCACCCAUAGUCAUUAUGCAUUCAACUGGAGAUAUCAUUCGUUUUCUCAAGUGUACUGGCAAUAGAGGGAGCUCUAGAAACAGUUUUCAUGUGUCUGAUCCAUGUUGCUGUCCAAUGAUCUGGCUUAGACAACACAUCAUUUAAGAUUAACGGGUCAAAUGGUUGGAAACACAUUUCCAGCUUCAUGUGAAUAAAUGGUUGUGUCACUUAUAAGUGGCAUAUCCCUAAUUAGCUUAAGUCACUUUAAAUUCUAAUAAGGCUUGACUACACUAUAUACUAGUUUGUCAAGAUUUACACAUAACUAUCUAAUCCAAAUAGCUUGAACUGUUAUGGGUCUCCGACUACAGCUACCUCUUAUGAACUGUCGAAACUGAGUAAAACUUUAUGCGAAUAAGACUGCAGGUAAUUGCAGAGUUUUAAGUGAGAAGGCAAUUGGUUGGUUGGUUUUGUCUUGUAGUUUGUUCCUUCCAGUAAUUUUAUUUCUCUAAGUCACUGUUAAGAAUGGUAGUAACUUGAUAUAGUCCUCUACUCUUAUGUCGUAUUCUACAGUUCUAUCAUAAAAAUCGUCAGUUUAAACAGAAUACCGUAUAAUCCAAUUCUAUAAACAAAGGGAAAAACGUUAACAUCACCCACCGUCUUCAUUAAUUUUUAGUUCCAAACGGUGAAAACUCGAAACCCAUGAAUAACUCGUCUGAAUUCCAGUCAGAAUCCACAGACUUUAUUCCAACUCUUGACAAAGGAAGUAUAUCGAGUAAUAUCGAAGAAGUGGAUAAAGAAAAUACAGAAAAGAUCACCUUAAGAGAUUUAAUUCAAUAUCUCCAAGAUACAUAUCAUUGGCCAAAUGAAUUCUAUAUUUAUCGUCUUUUAAAUAAAUCUACUACUGUUAACCAUGAGGAGAACAAAGAUAACCCUGACAACAAAACUUCACAGUUAAACAUGAAUCCAUGUAAUCAAUUAAAUCAUUCACAAAAAAUUCAAUCAACACGUCCUAAAUUUUUUAGAAAAAAAUCAUCAAUCAAUUGUGAAUUGCUAUACCCUGAAGAUUUUCUUAAACUUGAAACUGAUAAAAUAUCAUUCAAUUCUAUAUGGAUUGUAUGGUCUGAUAGGUGUAUGUCAGGUGAAACAGCUGCUAGGAUAUUAUUAAAAAAUAUAUCACAGACUGAAAGAGAUAUUCAUUUAGAAAAGGAUACUUUACAUCCAGCAUAUAAUAUUAUACUUGAACAACAUAAACGUGAUCGUGGCUCAGAAUUCCCAUUGAUGAGUUCAUCAUUUAAUGAAACAACUGAUGAUUGUGAGCCAGAAAUACAAACUAAUCAAUCGAAUACAAUGAACACUAGUACCAGUAGUUGGUUAUGGUGGAGAAGACGAAGACAAACUAAUCCAAGUGUUAUUAGCUCAGAUUCUGGUUCACAGGAUUUAACUUAUCAAGAUUCAUUACAUCAACAUUCUUCUGUACAAUCAAUGCUAGCUCCAAUUGAUCUUGUUAUAUCUAGUCCAGUUUUAAUGCAAGAAGAAUUUGAUCAAGAGAAUUAUGAACGUCCUUACAAUUUGCCUAAAACUGGGUUGUUGAAUGCUCCACCUACCGCUAAAAUUCCUUUACAUUCUUCAGCAAUCGACGUAAGAUGUCGUAGUAAAACACCAGAUCCAUCACAGACAUCAUCUCCUGAAGAGGCAGGAUACUUCUCGGAUGAUUAUGAAAGUAAUAAUGCUUAUCAUCAAAAAACAACUGGUAAUAUUGAGUCAAGGAUUACAAUUCAACAAGCAAAUCGUUUAACAUCUCAACAGCUUAAAAGCCUCAAUUUACACGAAGGUGCAAAUGAAGCAGUUUUUUCUGUUGUCAGUAAAUAUCAAGGUACUUGUCAAUGUGCUUGUUUUAUAUACCUUUGGGAUUGGUCUGAUAAAAUUGUAAUAUCGGAUAUUGAUGGAACAAUAACAAAAUCAGAUUGGUUAGGACAAUUGAUGCCAUUAGUCGGAAUGGAUUGGACUCAUCAUCAUAUAGCUCAAUUAUACAAUAAAAUAGCUAAUAAUGGAUAUAAAUUUAUUUAUUUAUCUUCUCGUCCUAUUGGUCAAGCUAGAGCCACAAGAAAACUUCUUUAUACCAUUCAACAAGGUAAUUAUCGUCUACCAGAUGGUCCAAUACUUUUAUCACCAUUUUCUGUUCUGGAAGCGUUCCGCAAAGAAGUAAUUGCAAAACGAGCAGAUGAAUAUAAAAUUGAAUGUCUUCGUGAAGUAUGCAAUUUAUUUAUCGAAGAUCAUCUUAAUCAUCAAAAUGAAAAUGAAGAAGAUAAUUUACCAUUUAUAGCUGGAUUUGGUAAUCGACCAACAGAUAUAGCAACUUAUAAAGCAAUCGGUUUAAAUGAUCAUCAAAUAUAUACAGUUGAUUAUUUAGGCAAUGUAAUAUGUGGUGAUCCAGGAGUAAAUGAAAAAGAUAAGAAAUUAAAGAAAAAGAAUGAUACUGCUCAUGUCAGUUCUAAUAAACAAUUAAACAAUGAGAAUAAAUCUACUUCUAGUGUUACAACUACUUCAGAAACAUCAUCAACAACAUCUGAUAGUUUUGUUAAUACUACUACUACUACUACUACUAAUAUUACUACUACUACUACGAAUACUAAUGAUACUAUUACUACAGGAUUAACUACUACAACAGUAUACACUAAUAGUGUAUUAGCUAAACUUAAUUUAGAUUCAUUAUUACAAAUGGUUGAUGUAUACUUUCCACAAAUGAAUGAUCGACUUCUAUAUGCUACAAAUUAUUCAGAUUAUACAUAUUGGAGAAUGUAAAGAUGAAUUGAUCAGAUAAUUUGAUUGUUUAUUUUGUUAUCACUAUUAUUAUCUUCUACGAUGAAUGCAAAUCUGAAAUGUCUUCACUUUGAUCUAAUUUCAAAAAGCAUUUAACAUGUAGAUACUGUUGUCAUUAUUCAUAGACACUGUCCUCUCUCUCUUUCUCCUUCCCGGAGGUAACUGUUUUAUGAGACAAUAUGAACGAAUUACAGCUACUACUCAUCUCAAUCAUUAGUAGUUGAUAUAUGUGCAAUUUUUUUACAUAUUAAGUUUUCAUUAUAAAAAAAGAAGUGCAAAACAGGAGAUUUUGAUACAAAACACUUUUUUUAUUUAAGAAGAAGAGUAGUAGUAAUCAUAACUGUUAUUUUGAGUCUUAAAAUACAACUAUUGUAUGUUAUAAAUAAAUUUUUGACAUAUUUUC